AUGCUAAUCCCGAAACCCAAGCCCCCGAAACUCACCAAGAGCGCCAAACAGGCCCUGAUCGUCUCGCACCUCCGCGCCAGCGGCACCUGCCACACGCUGAAGGACCUCGAGAAGUCCCUGCCGGCGGUGGCCUCGAUCAACGCGAUCCAAGUGAAGGAGUUCCUGCAGGAGCUGGCGGACGAGAAUGAGAUCCGCGUGGAGAAGAUCGGGAGUUUGAACUGGUACUGGUGUUUCGCGGGGGAGGCGAAGCGCGAGCGCGAGAAUCGGUUGCGCGCGGUGCAAGCGGAGGUGGAGCUGGUGGGGAAGGAGGUGAGUGAGUUGGAGGCGUUGGUGAGGGAGAGGAAGGCUGCGGAGGAGAGGGAGAGGGUGGAGGAUGAGAGGGUGAGGGUCAGGGUGAGGGAGGCGGGUGGUGGUGGUGGUAUUGGGUAUGAUAGGGAACAGGAGAGGGAGCGGCUAAUGCUACGGAAAGUGGAGCUGCAGGAGGAGAUUCGUCAUCUGCAGGGGAAGGUGACGGCGGUUUCGGGAUCCAGUGGUGGUGGUGGUGGUGGUGGUGGUGGUGUUGUUGAGGAGAAAAGCUUGUCGUGCGUGGUGGAGGAGACGGAGGAGUUUCGGCGUCAGGCGCUGAUGUGGACGGAGAAUAUUUAUGUGCUGGAAGGGUUUGUCGAUCGGCUGACCGGCGGGGAUCGGGAGGUGUUGCGGGCGCUGCAGCGCGAAUGUUAUGGAGAGGAGGAGUAUGUGGAGGGGGAGGGGUUGCGGGAGAUUUUCGAUUGA